UAUUGUGAAAAUAUUUGUGGAACUGUGCGCUCAUUCUGUAUUGCCGGUUCGCAGGACUACGUGCGUUCAUACACAAGGAGAUUCAAGAAAGAAUAGCAGAGAACUCGAAUAAACUUCACACUACUGUGAAUGUGGUGUGGUGUAUGAUCAUUAAAGUUCCCCAUGCCUGGAAAAGGCCAAUCAACUACUGUAGCUUUAGUGUUAUAUGAGUUUUGCAGAUUUUAGUGAAUUUUAAAACUCAACUUUUACGAUUUCGUUUGCAAGUGCUGCUUGUUUGUCUGGCCUCAGUGCAAUGGCAUCACCGGUAAGGUUUGUCGAUAAAUGUGUCCAGGUGGACAUGGUGUACGGCGACGUGCACGACCCAGUUGCAUCAACGAGCUUGGUUACUAAGAUCAAUGCAAAGCCAUCCGCUCAGCUUCCACCGGCACAUUCGUGCGAGGAAUCGCAGCAACCGGCGUUAGUACCGCUGCACAAAAACCUGGCCAUGUUGUUUGAGAAGUUAGCUGAUCUUGAAGAACCAUUGCAUUGCGUUAUCAGGAAGCUAGAUUGGAUAUUGACAAAAUAUGGUGAGGCGUUCGCUAACCUUUCAUUUUUGCACGAUGCUAUGCUGAUGCAAGGUAAUGCCGCCAAACCUUUCACAUUGACGUACUUGAACAGCAUUAGAUUAGCGCUUUUUACUUGCGAUUUGGUAUGUCACAAUGUUGACCUGCGGGCUUUGGGCAAAAGCAUGAAGUAUCUUAAUACAAAGUUUGUAGAAUAUGUGAAAACCGUCGAUUCCUAUUUACCUGAUUCACCUCCCAACGAUUUGUUUUCUAUAAAACUGCUAGUGAUUACCAAAACGAUCAUGCAUUCUCUAGAUAGGGAGAUAAAGCAGAUCAGAGUACGACUGGAAGACGUCCUGAACGCAUUAGACCUGAUCGGUGUGCUGCAGUGUGACAUGCUGGCAGUAGUCGAUAUACUAAUUAAGAGUAAAUUAGACCAUUCGCCGGAAGGAUUUCCGAAACGAAUGAAUAAUGUCAAUUUUGGGAAGGAUUGGUUUGAUGAUGAAUAUCGUUGUUUUCUUGCUAUGAUCGAGUGAAUUUCUGACCGGACCGAAAUCUGUUAAGAAUUAACUGUAUUAAGUUUGAUAAUAGAGGUUUUUCUGAGAAUUUGAAUUUGAAUCUGACGAAUAUGAAUUAGAAUGUUAAACAUAUUUACUUUUCCGUUGUUUUUUGUUAUUAAUUGAAGAUCUACUAUCUGAAUUAUAUAAUGAAAUACAUGAUAUCUGAAGUCACAUUUG